GCGAGGCAGUAGAGGGAACCUCCGGGAUCAGUCAAAGAAACAAUGGGCUAUUAAACUGAUCUGUAUAAUUCAGUGUACUGUUUAAACAGCAAUGAGUCAGUCAGACUACUAGGAGCGAUCGACGACCCACAACGACAGGAAUCGGACUGAUUAUUCUGUCAUUUAGUUGAGAUUAUAACUAGCUAGAGAUUUGUUGUGUCUUCACCACAGUGAUAAAGCAAUAAGACGCAAACAGAUCAUUGUGUCUUGUGAUCAUUGUCAGCGAUCCGGGAACUGAUAGAGACGCCGUCGAAAGAAGUGUGUUCUCUUAUUUGUGGAUUGUGUGCUGACUUGUGCGAGUUUAACAUUUGUUAGUAAACUGUUAUUAGCUAUCGCAGCUUAAAAAAACGAUUUUGCGCAAAUCGGUGAAACACCUCGUUUGUGGUCAUAGCUGCAUGACGUGUUGACACAACAAUCCCUUCUGUUCCCGGUGAGAUCUGUGUCUGAAUAAUUUACUCGGUGUAAAAUGAGCUCAGAGGAAGCGGCAGCAGCGAACAAAAACACCGAUGGGGACGGAAUGUCCUGGUGGUACCGGUGGCUGUGUAAGACUGCUGCUGUACUGGGGGGAAUUUCCUGUGCUGUGAUGGGUGUUUGGAAUUGUGUGACUGUGAAGCCAUUAAAUAUCGCUGCAGGAGUCUGGAUGGUGUUGACAGCAUGUGUGUUGUUCAUCUGUGAAGUCCCAUUCUGCUGUCAGUUUGUGGAGUUUGCGAAUGCUGUAGCAGAACGAGCAGACAGGAUGCGACCCUGGCAGAAAGCAGUGCUUUACUGUGGGAUGGCGCUGUUUCCUGUAUUUCUCGGGCUGUCUUUGACCACGCUGUUUGGGAAUUCUAUCGCCUUUGCUACAGGAGUACUUUAUGGACUCGCUUCCCUUGGAAAGAAGGGGGAUGCGGUUAGCUACGCUCGGCUGCAGCACCAGAAACAAGCUGAUGAAGAAAAACUUGCUGGCACGACAGAUGGCUCAGUUCCGUGACUCCUCCCCCUUUUUCCGUUAACUCUCAUACUUCUACCUCUCCUAUCACUCUCUCCAUCUCUCUGUUUGAGAUAUCAUGUGAUUUAUAUUUAUGCUAGAUUUCUAAAUUUCUAUAUUUAUUUUUUUGGUGUUUUUCUGUUGCAAGGUUGCUUUGGACAUGCUGGGCUGUUGUGCAGUAAAGUUUUCCUUUUAUUUAUUCAAAAUACAUGAUUCGGACACUAAACCAACCGUAUAUCCAGAAACCUGAACAGAAAAGCAGAAUGCAUGUUAAUGACUUACUCCCAGUUCUCCUUCAUAUUUGCUCUAUUGCAUUCUGCAGCUGUGGGGAGUUGGGAUGAGUGGGAUUUUUUUUUUACUAGAGUAGAAUAGCUAUUUCUUCAGGAAGUUAUUUAUAAAAUUCUGAAUUUACUUUGUCCUUGAGUGAAAGCUCAUAGUAGAUUAAGGCAACCUAGAUCAAGAUGAUUGCAUGUUAAAUAUGAAAGAUGGAAAAGUGUUUUAUGUUUGUGUAUACAUGCGUUUCUGUCAAGAACCAAACACAAUGCAGUGAUAAAAAAAGAAUCUUCUGAACGGGAAUGGGGUGUUUAAAUGAAACUAGUGAUUUUGACAUAGGAUGGGUGGAAAAACACUCAAGUUCAACAUAUUCAAGUGGGUAGUAAUAAAAUUUUUUCCAAUGUACCACACAUUUUUAAUGUGUACUCCUGCUCUGGCACACCUGAUUCAACUAAUCAGUUAAUUCUAAAAUGAUUAAUUCCAUAAAUCCUUAGUUACAAUGUACAGAAUAUACCACCCCGUUUAAAUGGAGCAUAAGAACACUAAAGCAUUGGGAUACAUCUAGAACACUGAAUUGCUAGUGAUUGAAUUACAACCCAUCACAUGUUCAAGCCUGAAAAUACAGUCAAAAAAACCAAUGCUAAGAAGAGAAGGGUAAGGCAAAACUAAGCAGGCUCUCCCAAAUUAAACAGAACACACAAUUCACAGUUGCAGCAGAACAAAAUAAAGCAUAACAGAAGCCUAUUUAACCAGAGCCUAGUAACCAGAAUGCCUAUUUUAGGAACAAAAACACUAACUGUACUUUACUUAUGCUUUCGAAAACACACCAGCAUUAAAGCUUUUUUUGAAAUUAGGGCUAGUUUUAGGUCAAAGUUUACUUGGAUUUUGUUUUGGUUUAAAUCCUGGUGGUGGGGAACCCUUCUAAUAAUGCAUGCUGGAGGUAGAAGUAAAAACAAAAUAAACCCACCUGUUUUAGGGCUAGACGAUUCAGUCCUUUUUUCCUCAAUCCUCUAGUUACUUUGGUAGAGCCAAAGUAAAAUUAAACAGCCAUCCACAAAAGAUACCAAACCAAGUAAAUAUACAAUUUAUGUUUGCAAUCCAUGCCAUCAACCCAGAACACACUAUUCCAAAACAAAUGCUAAAGUUAGACACAGUAAUAUUUUCUAUGGCUGCCUUACCUCAGUUUGCUACAGAGGCCAAAAGGAAAAUGAUAGUUCAUAAAACAGGUUGGUUUAGUCAUCAUGAAAUGCACAUCUGUGACUGCAUCACAGUAAUUACAUUCUAUGUUAAUAAACCAGUUUUUUUUUUGUUGCUUAGCAACAAAAUCAAACUAACCAAAUUGCAUGGCAAAAGACUAACUUAUUGUGAUUAGUAUUAAUAAUAAAUGAAAUUUGUCAGUGAA